AUGCUUCCCCCCUCCUCAUCCUCCAACGAAUCCUCCAACUUCGACACUUUCCGCGACUGCAUCUCAACAAGCAUCAUCUCGGCACUCGCCCCUCAGGGUAGUGGUGACAGUGGAAAAAAGACGAAGAAGAGAGUGAAAGGGAGGAAGAAUGAAAUCAAACCUGUGGCGAAUUUGAAGACGCGGGAGGAAGAAGAGGAGGAAACUGGACGGUUGGUGGGGGAGGUGGGGGAGUUUGUUGAGUACAUCGCCGAAGAAAUCUUCCUCGCACUUCCGACAGAACUACGAACGCUCUCCUACGCGGCCAUUCAAUCCGACUCGAAGCUAUCAGAAAAGUACAGCUCAAGCUUUUCGACCACGGACGUCGAACUUCUGACCGACGCAAUGCCCCCUUCAAUAGCCGACUCCCUAACAACCUACACCCUGCUCUCCUCCCCCUCCCACCUCCCCACCUUCCUCGCUCCCCCCAUCCAAUCCUACAUCUCCACCACCACCUCCCCCCCACCAACUUACACCCCCUCCCUCCUCACCUCCCGCCCCUCCAGUUGCGAAAUCUGCUCCCGCGACCACCUCCCCCUAACAUACCACCACCUCAUCCCCCGGAGCGUGGCGGACAAAGCGGUGAAAAGGGGUUGGUGCGAGGAGUGGGAGAGGGGGAAAGUGGCGUGGCUGUGUCGGGCGUGUCAUAGUUUCGUGCAUGGAUUGUGUUCGAAUGAGGAGUUGGCGAGGAGUUGGGGGGAUGUGGAGGCGUUGAUGGGGAGGGAGGAUGUACGGAGGUGGGCGGGGUGGGUGGGGAGGGUGAGGUGGAAGAGUCGGUGA